CAGAUGAACCUCUGCCAUUCUCAGCCUGGACUGCGUAUAAGCUAAGCAGCUCUGUGAGUGUCAGUCAUUCAGCUUUCUCGACCAAAAGCUUCUUUUGUGGUCAUUUCUCUCAGUCACACUUUGGAGUUUGCCAUCUGCAGCAUCAUGAAGCUGUUCACCGCCUUUUUGCUGAUGCUUGGGUUGUUCCUCAGCAGCUCUGCUCAGACUUUAGACGAAUGCAGACCACUGGUCACACCUUAUUCAACUUUUGAACCGAGUUUCGGAAGAUGGAACUUCAUCAUAGGUUACAUUGACAGUCCAAUUUUUCAAGUCCUGUUCGAUUCGUGCUUGAGCCAGUGGAUUGAGUUCCGUCGGAUUUCAACAAAUCCCAAGGAACUUGUUGAGGAUAUUGGGAUCAAGCACCCCACAUACUGCAAGUACGCUACUUCGCCUAUGACUCUUCAUCUAAACACUGCUGUAACUGACAAGUCCAACUUCACCUGCACAUACCAUUCCCUACCAACCUGCCAGGACUGUCUGCUCUACAUGGUCAACAGCAGAAACAACGACAAUUUGCUUCACCUGAAAACCGGACCCCCCCAAAGCACCCAGGAUGUCAAAAGCUAUAGGGCGCUCUACUUGAUGGCAAGAGGAGUUACACUUGAUGACAAAGCAAUUCAAUAUUUCAAGAAGCAGGCGUGGUGUCUCGGUUUCAAAGGAGAACCAAGCUUCCACUAUAACCCAAUGCAUCCCUUUUGUGAAUAUACCAGUAAGAGUGGCAGCUACGAUGGGAACAACUAUGGUGAUGGCAAUGGCAACAACCAUGGCAAUUUCCAGAACAUUUAUCACGGCAUUAACCCUGGCAACAACUUUGGCAGAAACCAUGGGAACAACGAUGAUGUCAACAAUGCCAACAGUGAAGAAAACUAAGAAGUCAAUCUUGAGCUGAAGAGAUGAACUUCAGCAAUUUAUGUUUCCAACUAUAACUGUAGAAAUAAAGGAAAAAAAAAAUGCGACUUACAACAAA